UGAUGAUGAUGAUGUGUUCAGUGAAGAUUAAAGUCAAGCAAGAGGAGAUAAAAGAAAUCACAACAGAGGAACAAUGGAUUGAUGAAGAUGAUGAACAGCAGAUGCUGGAGACAUCAGUGAAGAUGUGUUCAGUGAAGCUCGUGGACUGCAGGAACCUGAUGAAGAUGAGAAGAGAACCCACAACAGAGGAGCAACAGAGAUAUGAAGAUAAUGAUGAUGGCAUUUCUUCAGAGCUGAUGAAAGGGAGAACAGAACGUCGAGAGCUGAAUAAAGUGGAGGAGAAACUUCAGGAUCAGGAACAUCAUGACUUAAAGACUGAAAAUAAUUUCUCACCAAAUAUGAAUCCAAGAAGAUCAGCCAAAAAUCCUAACAGCUACACUCAGUGUGGAAAGAGUUUCAUUACAUUUACAUUUACAUUUAUGCAUUUGGCAGACACUUUUAUCCAAAGUGACUUACAGUGCACUUAUUACAGGGACAAUCCCCCCCAGGGCAACCUGGAGUUAAGUGCCUUGCUCAAGGACCCAACAGUGGCAUCUUGGUGGUGCUGGGGCUUGAACCCCCGACCUUCUGGUCAGUAACCCUGAGCCUCAACCACUGAGCCACCACUGCCCAUACGCAAGUUUCAUAUUGCGUAUGUCGGCACAGCAAGCAUUGGACUUGCUACAAAAUAUUAAUGAGAUGGAAUCGGAGGGCGAGGAAUGUGAGGUGUUCAAUGGAGAGGAGGAGAGAGACGAUGGAGGUGGCGUUGAUAUUGAAUCUGAUUCAGAUUCAGAAUCAGACUCUGAAAUUGAGUGUGCUGGGGACUCAUUCCAAGAGGUUGCAAGAGAUGGCACAGUAUGGGUUGACCAAAAUCUUGGCAACCCUCGGGGUAGAGCCCAAGAGGCCAAUAUGAUGAGAGAACCCCGAGGGCCAACUUCUUAUGCCAAGGGCAAAAUUACAAGUCCAUUGAGCAGCUUACUGUGUUUGAUUGACUCAGAAAUGUGGCAAAAUAUACAAAAGUACACUGAUGCGGAAGCUGGGCGGAAUAAUGCUGAAAAGUUCAAACUGACAGAUGAUGAACUAAAAGCAUUUGUUGGUCUCGUUUAUUUGAGGGGUGUUGUGGGAAGCAAAAGCAUGAGAUUGGAUGACUUUUGGUCUAAGGAAUUUGGACACUCUUUUUUCAAAGAGACAAUGUCUCGACAGAAAUUCAGAGAUAUCAUGCGCUAUCUGCGGUUUGAUGACAAGAGCACGAGAGCUGCCCGCCUUGUGACAGAUAGAUUUGCCAUGAUAUCUGAGAUAUUUGACAAAUUUGUGAAAAACAGCAUUGCUUCAUACACACCCGGUGAGAACAUAACAGUUGAUGAACAACUCUUCCCUACCAAGGCGCGCUGUCGUUUCACGCAGUACAUGGCCAAUAAACCGGACAAAUUUGGCAUAAAAUUCUGGGUGGCCGCUGAUGUUGAAACAAAAUACAUGCUGAACGCACAUCCCUAUCUAGGGAAAGACGACAGUAGGCCGGCUGAUCAGCGGUUAUCUGACAAUGUUGUCGUGCGUCUGGUCGAGCCUUUCCUGGGAAAGGGAAGAAAUGUAACGACAGGCAAUGUCUUCACCUCAUUGCAACUGGCAAACAAUCUUUUGGUGAACAAAACCACCAUUGUUGGCACAAUGAAUAAAAUCAGACGAGAGAUGCCCCGAAGUACACAUGCACAGUCUGAAAGAUUUUCCACCAAGGUAAUGAGGGCUGGAAAAGUCACACUCACUAUCUACCAGGCAAAGCCAAAGAAAAAUGUAUGCAUCCUGAGUACAAUGCAUCAGACAGUUUCAACUGAUAAUGGCGCAAAGAAACUGCCCAAUACAGUUUCCCACUAUAAUAGCACUAAAGUUGACGUUGAUGUAAUGGACCAGAUGACACGACAGUACUCAGUAAAGAGUGGAUCCCGUCGCUGGCCUAUAGCUGUGUUUUACAACGUCUUGAACCUGGCUGCAAUUAAUGCACACAUUCUGUACAAACAGUGCAUGAACGUAACCAUCAGCAGAAAGCAAUUUAUUCUUGAGCUGGUAAAGGAGCUUUGUGCACAUCAAAAAAUGGCAAAGGCAGUGGGUGUAGUAGCGCAGAAGCUGACUUAUUCCUCUAACCUCUUUCCCGCCUGCCAAAAGGAGACAAUGUCAAGUCGGCAGAUGUUCAGGGAACAAAACUCUUGAGAUCUGCCAGGCAUGUAAGCGAUUUGUCUGUGGCGCAUGCUCCAAGAAGUCACCAAAGGUGUGUUUGGAAUGUUGAAACGUGAGAACAAUUUAACGUUCCGCCUCCUUUUUUACAGUUGUUUUUCAAGUUCAAUAAAUGGUAAAAAUGCAGCCUCUCUCAUGUCUUUAUUGUAAACUACACACACAAAACAACGACACUUAUACACCAUGUGCUGUUUUCACAAUGGAGUCAAAGUGUGUCUCGCACUUCAGGUCCUGUGAGAUGGUAGUGCCCAGGAACCGGAAUGACUCCACUGCUGCCUCAGUGCUGUUUAGAAUGGUGAGGGGGGUCAAUGUUUGGGUGCUCCUCCUAAAGUCAGAAUCAACUUUAUUGCCAACUGUGCUUACACAUACAAGGAAUUUUGUCUUGGUGAAAGGAGCUUCCAGUGUACAACAAUACAAACUAACUACACAAAAACAGCAGCAAGACAUAGAUGAUAAUAAUAAUUUAAAAAAAAUAAUAAUAAUCAUACAUAUACGUACAUCCACAUGCAGUCACACUCCUAAAGACAUACAUACAUACACAUACCCAGUGCAAAUCUGUUAUAUAAUUACAACAAAAUAAAAGGAGUGGUGGUGGCUUAGUGGGCUAAAGCACAUUACUGGUAAUCAGAAGGUUGCUGGUUCGAUCCCCACAGCCACCACCAUUGUGUCCUUGAGCAAGACACUUAAUCCAGGUUGCUCCGGGGGGAUUGUCCCUGUAAUAAAGGCUCUGUAAA